AUGUCGUUGCGGGAAAAGGCUGAAACUCUCAGGAAAACGAUCAAUAUUUAUCUCGAGGCGGGAGUUGACAUGGCGGUUCCAAUUCUCAGGGUCGUCAAUGCUACCGCUGAUUGGUGUCCUCCUUUAAAGAUGGCGACUGGCGGUGCACUCUCCAUUCUCGACGAGGUUAAAAAGUUCAAAGAGGACAAGGAACAAUGGGCUGGUUUUGGUGAAUACGUAGCUAGCACUACAGCCAACGUAGUUUCAGCCAUAAAGUCUUAUGAUAUAUCAGCGGGGGAGGCAGGGGUAUGGGUAGAGGGUGUCGCGGAGCUUGGAAGCGCGCUACAGGAGAUCCAGUCAAAAAUCGAACGAAGAAUUAGGAAACUAGAGGAAUGGUCAGGUGUAAGAAAUGCAUGGUCCCACUAUCGAGACCCUGGAAGAAUUGAGGGCCUAAGGAAAGAUUUUGACAAAGCGUUGGCAUCGUUUCAGCUUAGGACGAAUUUAACAAUCGGUAUCAAAUUAUCGACCAUAGAGGACCGUCUGGAGAGUGACACAAUCCUCGGUAGUCUCCGAUACCCUCAAAUCGCCCACCAUGAUUCAACAGAGGCGUGCCUGGAAGGCACCAGAGUCGAUCUCACGGAGCGUAUCAUGAACUGGUGUUGUAACACCGGGGAUAACGAGAACCGGCUGAUGUUACUGACCUCUGUCGCUGGCGCUGGCAAGACUUCGAUUGUGCACACGGUUGCCGAUAGAUGCAACAGGGAGGGUGUCCUAUUGCUAUGCUUUUUCUUCAGAGCAGGCGAACAGUCACGGCCGGACCAUUUAUUCAGCGGCAUUGCUCAAGCUCUAGCAAGCCGUGAUGCAGAUUACCGUACCUUCAUUAUCUCUGCCCUUCGAAAAGACCCCACCCUCUCAACAGCUUCAUUCGCGAUGCAGUUCCAGGAAUUGGUGUCUUUGCCUCUCCUUCAUAAGCCUCCGCCUCCCAGCCACCCUAUGGUGGUCAUUAUCGAUGCUUUGGACGAAUGCGAUGAAGAAGCAUAUCACCCCCUCGCUAAGAUUCUCUGCGAGGAAGUACCCAAGUUACCGUCUUCCAUAAAGUUUUUCGUUACUUCAAGACAUGUUGAUCUUGUUAAUCGCUCCCUCUCACGUCAUUUCCCUAUCGAUCACCUCACCAUUGAUCUCCUGGAUGACAUAAAUAUGCAUGACUGUGCUGCAUACAUCCGUUUCCAGCUACAAGAGCUUAAGAAUUGGCAUCCCGAUUUAGCGCAUAAACUCCAGGACGAGGAUAGUACGGUGCAGGAGAUCUUGGAUCGAGCGGGUGGCUUAUUCAUUUGGAUCAGCACCAUCUUUCGCUACAUGAAGAAGCCUAGGAAGAAUCCUAUGAGAACACUGGAGAGCCUGCUUGACACCGGAACCAAACGAUCAAAGGUGCCCACUGAGAAGAUGAUGGAUGACCUGUAUACGAGGAUUUUGAAGAAGUUUGAUUGGGAGGAUGAAGAUUUUGCGCAUGAUUAUCCGAUUGUGAUGGGAGCGAUCUUCGUUGCUCAGCAGCCUCUCUCCGUCACAGCCUGGGAUACAAUUCUGUCACCUUUCCUCGAUUCUUCUGUUCAAUAUGCUUUAGCCGAACUUGCUCCUCUGCUCUCAGGAGUUGAGGAUUCCCACAUUCCGGUUCGCAUCUUACACCAAUCUUUUCGCGAUUUUAUUGUCGAUCGGAUCGAUCCCCAAAUGAUCAACUUUCAUUUCACCCCCAUAUCAGUGGGGGCGGAGAAUGCCAGGGUUGCCCUGCGAUGUACUGAGAUUUUGAACAAGGAUCUGUGCUCUGUAAAGGGCUUAGGGUUGAUUGAAAACUUGUUCCACAAAGAUGAAAUGCCGCGCAUUCCUCCAGAGGAGUUAUCGGAGCACUUUCAUUAUGCAUGUCGCCACAUCAUCCAUCACCUCAGUGGAGUCCAGGAACGGUCUGAGGAGCUUGCUGGGCCAGUUACUAUGUUUCUGAGUCAGGAAGCAACUCGGUGGGUGGAAGUCUGUGUGAGAGCGGAAAGCUAUGUCAGUAUCUUGUUACUCCCUGAAUGGGCUAAGUUGGUUGUUGACCACAGGGCUCUCAGUGCACUGGCUAAAGUGCUUACCAAGCUUCCGUGGAACCUGGAAUUUUUUUCAAGAUUCCAGGAGGCAUAUGAAGCAGCAAAUGAUUCUGUUGUACUCUGCCGUUGCCUUUUUUCUGUGAACUCAAGUUUAUACACCCCGCAUUUGGCUGAGUCACUCGACAGUUUAUAUGUCGCCCUUUCCAAACUCGGACGGCACUCAGAGGCACUCCCAUUCAUCGAAGAAAGUGUCAAACUCCGGCACCAAUUGGUUGCUGUUAACCCAGGAUCGUACACCCCAGAUUUGGCCACCUCACUCAACUAUCUACGUAAUGCUCUUUCCGAACUUGGACGGCACUCGGAGGCACUCCCAUUUAUCGAAGAAAGCGUCAAACUCCAGCGCGAGCUAGUUUCCGUUAACCCAGGAUACACCGGGGAUUUGGCCAUGUCCUUCAACAAUCUAUAUAUUGCUCUUUCCAAUCUCGGACGGCACUCGGAGGCGCUCCCAUUCCUGGAAGAAAGCGUCAAACUCUACCGCCAGCUAGUUGCUGUUGACCCAGAAUCAUACACCCCGGAGUUGGCCAGGUCAUUCAACAAUCUACGCAAUGCUCUUUCCGAUCUCGGACGGUACUCGGAGGCACUCCCAUUCAUUGAAGAAAGUGUCAAACUCCGGCGCCAACUAGUUGCCAUUAACCCAGGAUCAUACACCCCGGAGUUGGCCACCUCACUCAACAAUCUAUAUAACGCUCUUUCGGAUCUUGGACGACACUUGGAGGGGCUCCCAUUCAUUGAAGAAAGUGUCAAACUCUACCGCCAGUUGGUUGCCGUUAACCCAGGAUCAUACACCCCAAUUUUGGCUGCAUCACUCAGCAAUCUACGUAUUGCUCUUUCCAACCUCGGACGGCACUCGGAGGCGCUCCGGUUCAACGAAGAAAGCGUCAAACUCUACCGCCAGCUAGUUGCCGUUAACCCAGGAUCAUACACCCCGUAUUUGGCUUUGUCACUCAACAAUUUAUGUAAUGCUCUUUCCAACCUCGGACAGCACUCGGAGGGGCUCCCAUUCAUCGAAGAAAGCGUCAAACUCCAACGCCAGCUAGUUGCCGUCAACCCAGUAUCAUACACCUCGCAUUUGGCGAGGUCACUCCAGAAUCUAGCUGCCGCACUUUCCAAACUCGGACGACACUCGGAGGCGCUCCCAUUCAUCGAAGAAUGUGUCAAGCUCUACCGCCAGCUAGUCGCUGUUAACCCAGGAGCGUAUGCCCAAAAAUUGGCCCUCUCACUCGAAAAUCUACGUAGUGCUUUUUCCAUCCUCGGACGCCAUUCCGAGGCACAAAUGGUCCUCAUUGAAAUCUUCGGCAUUUCAUUGGCCUCAUCACCUGCACAUGGCGGGCAAGCCUGA